AUGACCGUCCAGGCGAGGAGCUCCUCCGCGGCCUACAACAAACCGUCGCCCAACAAAACAACACCCUACAAAUCCUCACCCUAUUCAUCACGAACCCAUGAAUCCGACCUCGAAAAACAACGACUAACUCCACGACCAAACUAUUAUUAUAACCACAGCGACGAAGAUGCCUCCAAUGAAUCAGAUUCCAGCAGUGGCCCGGACUACUCUUCAAGACCUUACCCGGCUGCAGCUGGAAGAAGCGCCCGGCGUCCUACUGUGCAGCCCGUGGGCUUCCGUGUACCGCACCGGAUAAUGCGAUGGCUUUGUCUCGGAUUAUUCGUUUCGCUUAUCGUCUUCAUCCUAACGCUGUUCCGAGUUACGAUCUCGUCCCACGUCUCGAAUGUCCCCGUUGAAUUGCCGAAGCCCGCCACUCCAAAACCGAAGUGGGAAGAUUUUCCAUUUCUUUCUCGCUACCAUGGUGGAUUGACGAGCCUUGUAUCCCGAAGCGAGAAUAUACCCGAAUACUCUGGCGACGGACAUGAAGAUAUACUCAUACCUGCGGCUGUGGGGGAGAAUGAGGGCGAAAAUGCGCAAGUCAUUGAAGCCAAUGUUUUGGAUAAACGGGACAUGAAACCCGCCAUGGAUAGCUCUGCGUUCAAUCCAUACCCAGAGUACAGCUCGGCGGAAUAUAUUCAGAAGUAUGGUGAGAAGCAUGAGUGCUUCUUAGAUAAGGACAACACAGUUCGCAUUCCAGCUGUCCAGUCUUUCCCUGGUGUGCCUAAAGGAUUCCCGGAGGCUGUCAUGGGCUCGAAUACUAUGAUUGGCAUUCGCGAUGAUGUGUGCUUUGACCGCUUCGGACGACUAGGUCCCUAUGGUCUUGGAUAUGGAGUGAAAAAGGGUGGUAUUGGAGCUGGUCUCGAAGGUCAUCGUGAUGGCGCUGAACGUGUUUGGGAAGAUGCUCCCCCGGUAGAUUUCCGCCAUGUUAAUUGGGGUGAGGCGCAACAGCGGUGCAUCACAGCCAACAGUCAUCGCUUCAAGGUAAUGCCUAAGCCGCGCUUAGAAAAGUAUCUCGCUAUGCCAGUGGGUAUGUCCGAGCCAGACCACCAAGAACAUGAGAAUAUCAAAAAGGACCAGCCCAAUGCAGACUCAGCUCGUCUACCUAGGAAUGCUGUCGUCAUUCGAACCUGGCACGACUUCAAUUAUUCCCCCGAGGAUAUCGUGCACCUUCGAUCUAUUAUUUCGGAGGUCUCUUUGAUCUCUGGUGGUGAAUACAUUGUCCAUUUCCUCGUUCAUGUAAGGGAUCUCAAUCUUCAAAUUUGGUCCGAUGAUGAGACCUACGAGCGUGUCCUUCGUGAUUCGCUACCCGAUGAGUUCCGCGGAAUGGCAACUCUUUGGUCAGAGGCACAAUUGCCCUUGCUCUACCCAGGCCUAGACCAAAAUUCUGUCCAAGGCCAGCCAGUUUACGGAGUCUAUCGCAGUACAUAUAUGCCAAUGCAAUACUUCGCCCACCAACAUCCAGAAUACGAUUACUUUUGGAACUGGGAGAUGGACGCUCGAUACACUGGUCACUGGUACCAUCUUUUCGACAAAGUCAGCGAGUGGGCAAGAGCACAGCCCCGGAAGGGUCUCUGGGAACGCAACGCUCGCUUCUACGUCCCAUCGGUCCACGGAAGCUGGGAAGACUUCCGCCAAAUGGUCCGCGUAAAGACCGAAAGUGGAACCAGUAGCCCCAAUAACGUGUGGAAUGUGGUAAAGCCCGACGGCACUGAAAAGACAAAAGACCAAUUCGGCAUCACUCAGCAAGGCGACAAGUUCGUUUGGGGUCCCGAUAGACCUGAUGAACGUGACAUCUUCGAAGUAGAAGGCGAAGGUAUCCCACCCACAACCAUGGAAAAAGACCAAUACCAAUGGGGCGUUGGCGAAGACGCCGACCUAGUCGUCUUCAAUCCUCUAUUCGAUCCAGACAGCACCACCUGGCUUCUCCGCGACGACAUGACAGGCUACAACAGAGAAAACGGCAACCCUCCACGCCGCACCGCAAUCAUAACCGCCUCCCGUCUGUCCCGGAAACUUCUCGAUACCAUGCAUCGCGAAACUGCACUAAAGCGCCACAGCAUGUUUUCCGAAAUGUGGCCUGCCACCACGGCACUGCACCAUGGCUUCAAAGCCGUAUACGUGCCCCACUCCGUUUAUAUCGAUCGUCGCUGGCCAACAAAAUACCUCGAAUCCGUCUUCAACGCUGGCCGAAACGGUGGAGCAGGUGGUGCUCGCACCUCUGUCUUCGGAGAUAGAGAACACAAUUUCAGAGGAACGACCUGGUUCUACUCUGCUGGCUUUUCACCUAAUCUCUGGCGUCGUUGGCUGGGACUUCGCGUCGACAAUGAUGGCGGUGAACAACAAGAACUAGCCGGUGAAGGUCGCAUGUGUCUUCCCCCUAUGCUGCUCCAUCCCGUGAAAGAUGUAGAGUUAGUUAUUGAUGACGGGGAACAUGCGGAGGAUCGAUAA